ACAUUAUUAGAUUGAAACUCAACUCCACAAACAGACACUUGGCAACGUCGCGGGAAGUGGGGCGAUGGUGGCCAUUGGUGGAGUGGUCGAGGCUCGGGGAUUGGUGGCCUCUGCGGUGACGUCACGACCCUAAACAAAGCUCGCCCCUUCGCCCCACGCUCAGAAAGCUCCUGAACCUCGUUGCAUGUAGGCCGUUUGACACUACACCCAUAACUAACACCACCACCAUUGUUCAUCCCAAGUAACAUCUUUAAACCAAUCCUCUUGACUCCCGCGGUCUCUCUCCACCGACCAUUCCUGCGUCCGUCUGUUAUUAAAGCCGUGAUCGCGAAGCCUUGGCGAGAUGGGCGACUUGGCUGUCAUCGGUCAGGCUCCCGUCAUGGCGGGCGACCCUGUUGACGAAGUUAUGGUGAAUGGCAUGGCGUCGGAGAGCAAGGAGAACGUAGAGGGACUUAUCAAUGGUGUGGUGGAACUGACUGAGCGUGUGAAACGCCGUGCCAAGCGUCCUUCCAAGUUCAUGACCAAAGAGUUGAGUCGGGCGAACUCCGACACGCAGGUGAUAGCCCCGCUGAGGGCGCUCAAAAACUCGCGCAAGUCUCGUAAUGGCUUCGGACGCGGCCUGCCCAAGAAAGGUGGAGCAGGAGGCAAAGGAACCUGGGGAGCGCUGGGAUCUGAAUUGGCGGAGGAGGAGUUGGAUGGAGCCAUCGACUCCAAUGAUCCUAACUAUGAUGAAGCAAACCCUGAGAAUAGGGAGUACAAGAUCAAAGUGAUUAAUCUUGACCGUUCCAAUGAAGAACUGCAGAAACAAAUCUCAUCCCUGGUGGCCGAGUACUUUGACCACGGGGACACCCAUGAAACGUACCUGUCCCUGGAGGAGCUGCAGGUGUCGACACGGGCACACCUGGUGGUUGUGUCUGCAGUGGAGCUUGCCAUGGAGCAUAAGCCCUCUCACCGAGAGAUGACCAGUGUCCUCCUGGCGGACCUGUACGGUCACCUUCUCUUUGAGCCUCAUUAUGCCAAAGGUUAUGAUACGCUUAUAAAGAACCUUAACGAGCUUGUGCUGGAUACGCCAGAAGCUCCCACCAUCCUGGGCAACUUCAUCGCGCGCUCCAUUGCCGAUGAUUGCAUCCCUCCCAAGUUCCUUCAGGGUUACAAAGGCAAGGUUGACUGUGAGCAUGCGGUUGUGACGUUGGCAAGGUCGGACAGCCUCUUGUCUAUGCGCCAUGGCCUGGUGAGGCUGGACAAUGUGUGGGGAGUUGGAGGUGGGACCAGACCUGUGAAAUACCUGGUGAAGCAGAUGGUUCUGCUAUUGGAGGAGUUUUUAUCCUCCUCUGACAUUGCUGAGGCCACAAGAUGCCUUCAGGAACUGGAGGUGCCUCAUUUCCACCAUGAACUGGUGUAUGAAGCCAUUGUGAUGGCUAUAGAAAAAAUGGACACGCGUACCUCUUCAAUGAUGUGCGAGUUGCUGGAUUCUAUGCACCGCGCCAUCAUCAUAACACCCACACAGAUGAGGGCUGGCUUCCUGAGGGUGUAUGAGGAUAUGCCGCAGAUCUGUGUGGAUGUGCCUCCCGCCUACACUAUAUUAGAGAAGUUCGUAUUGCAGUGUCAGACACUCAGGAUUGUAGGGGACGAUGUGGUGAAGAAGUUGCCUGUCAGGGGCCGCAAGCGUUUUGUGUCCGAGGGUGAUGGAGGCCGUGUGAAGGAUGACGCCUACUUCUGAGCAGUAAACCACAUUCCCAGGAUGCCACCACGGGAGAAAAUCAAAUGGAAGUUUUAGUUGAUGUUUGCAUUGUACUUUUUGUUUUUUUGGAAUGCAUUUCCUAACAUGACAAUAUUGUUGGUCUGUAAUGUUAGUGUAAGAAUUUAACUAUGGGUCCUGAGUAUUAUCAAAGUUUACUUUUUCUUUAUAUAUCUAUACUUGAUAUGUAAAAUGUAACACACACACACACACACACACACACACACACACACACACACACACACACACACACACACACACACACACACACACACACUAAUGGCAAUCCUAUCCCCGGCAUGAUUUUCUUUUUUGUUUUGAAAUUCAUUGUGUGACUCCUGUGUGGCAUCCUAAGCACAGCUCUUCAAGUGGACAGAAACUGAGUCUGCUGUGUGUUGCUGGAAAAGAUCUCCUCAACACACAUGGAGACUGUUGCUAUGUGGACUUGCAUUUCCGCGUUGUUUACCCUGUGCUUGGCCUCAAACUUGACGUGUUUUUAAGUUUCUGUACCGUGUGAUACAGACUAUCAUUAAAUUUCUGUACUGUGUGAUACAGAGGGUUAGAAAAGGCCAUUUUGUAUCAAGUGUGCAUCCUUUUCUAUUUUCUUGUGAACUUGAGCAUCAACUCUUGUGUAAACAGGUGGAAACUGCUUGUACUGUAGACAGGUAGUGCGUUGCUUCAUUAGGUCCCCACACAAUAUGCUUACUACCACUUCUUUAACUGAAGACACAAGGACAUGGAUCUACAUAAAAACUGUAAGAGCAACAAGGGGACACUUUUGUACCUGGAACCCUUAUAUCUUUCUUAAUUACUGAUAGUAAAUUUUCUAGCGGCAGGCAGUUUUUACGCCCAACAGCUGUGUGUUGUAAUCCAUGUGCUGCACUUCUGUCAAAGGAAUGGAGAAGUUAGCUUGCUCCCAACAGUCUCCUGCUAGCGUGGUCGUCUCUAAGGAUUGGCUGGAAGACUCACUGGGACGUGGUCAGCCUGAAAAGUGUAAAAUUUUGACGAUCAUGUUGGCAACUCUCAAGCUUUUAUCGGUCCCUAUUGAGCUGUACCUGUGUAUUAAUCAUGCAUAUACUUGUUGUUGCAAAUAGCAAGGGAUUCAUUGCUCAUUUGUGAAUACUAUUUUUUCUAUUGUGAAGACUAUAGGGGAGGAAAUAUGUAAUGUUUCUUCAUCAUAGUGACUUUCUUUUUUGUCUUUUAAGGUUCUCUUGCCAAGUUGAGCAAGAGCUGGAAGUACAAGACUAAGUUUAGUUUUGAAGACUGCCAAAAAAAUACUAUAAAAAUAAAAAAAAGAAACAUUGAGGUCUGGCCUUUCCGAAGUGAGAGGGGCCUGGGACCACUUAAGAGGAUUGGUGUCAACCCUUGUCAGGGUAGAUGCAUGGUGAGGCCAGUGUGCCUGAAUUACACUAGCAUUCUUGUUUGUGUAGUAAUUACCAAAAUUGGCAUCUUUUUUGUGUGUGAAUUUCAAUUACUUUGUAAGAUGUUGAGUUCUAGGAUUUUUUUUAGAUGAUUUAUUUGUUUACCACUACAGCUGGCCUCAGAGGCUGUUAUUAUGCAUCUGGUUCUGACAAGGUUUUAUAAUCAUCUUGGGAAUAACUGAACAUUGCAACUGUGCAAAAAAGUACAAAAAAAUGGCAAAACUGACAAAAAGCUAAAUAAAAAUUGCAAAAUCA